AUGGUACAGAACACCGAGCCAGAGGCUAUUCAGCAAAUAAAGUCGACCCUCGAGCCUUACAUCAAGCCGAGGGAGCAAGUCUCUUACAUCAGGCGCGUUCUGGCUCUCCAUCUACAACGGCAACGCCAGACCGACACACUACAGCGCCCGCUGUCACUGCUUCAAGCCAGCGACCAGGUUCAGCAUCAUCGAGAAACUCAUGGACUGCAGCGGGAUUACUUAAGGGCAGUUCGAGCCAAUAUCAAAGCACGCCAGGAACAUGCGCAGCUUAGUGAAACCUCGCUGUCCGACACGGCUCCAGUCAAACACCAGCAGAGCUCGGCGGACCACUUGCGGGAACACCUCGCGCUCAUCAAGCUACAACAGAAACAUGAAAGGCUCGCAGCGAUACAGAAGCAUCUAGACACACUCACACAGCAGCCAGUAGCAUCACCCGAUUUCCUGAACCUCGAAGAGAUUUACAAUGACUCGAUUGAACUGCCACAAGUGCCCCGCGAAGUGGUUAACAGUUUCGGUACAGACACCACAGCCGCCAAAGCUGACCUCGCCGCUGUCGUCAACGAGAUGGAAAAAGUGGUUUUGCGCACUAAGAUUCUCCUGCGACAAGAAGAAAAGCUCCUCAAUGUGGUGCGGGACCGCGUCGAACCCGGCAAAGACGCUAUCGGUGAGAUGGCGAGGCUGCACGCUCUGAACGUUACACGGAAUGAGCUCAUCAACUGGAUCGAGACCGAGCUUAGCAAGGCAACUGGUGACGAUGCAGACCAAGACACUUUAGGAGAACCUCCCAACAACGGCGUCGAAGCUGGUUCUGCAGACGUCGACUUGUCGCAGCAACUUGCUCAGGUGAAGGAGAAAUAUGCAAGCUACGUUGCGACGCGCAAGUCCCUCCUGACACUCGCCUCUCAACGCACACGCCCAAUCAUCAAGCUCAGCCAAACAUCGGAGACGCCAAGGGUGGAAGAGGCGGAAGACUUACCUUCAUCUGCUGGACACAUUAUGCUUCCCUACCUAGAGGACCUUCUCGAUCUAUCACGGCAGCAAAAGGGCAUGAUCCAACAAAAGUCUCAUAUCAACAACAUCUUGGCUCAGCAAGUCAAAGAUACGAGACAAAUUCUGGUUCACCUGGCUGAGGAAAGCCAACUUCUUCCAAGCCACUCCAUGCCAGCCGCCAAGAGAGGUAAAUUGGGCUUUGAUGAGCACAUGUCAGCAGCUGCGUCAGACACACCAGACACAGUCAGUCAAGUCAGGCCGUGGGUGUAUGCCGCGGACUCGGCAAAGAUCUCCACGAUGGAGACUGUAGCGGAGAAGGUCGAAGAAGGGCACCUAGCACUCGAGGGGUCUAUGAAGGCGCUUCACGACGUUGAACAGCUCUUUGGACGAAAACGCAAUGAACAUGACAGGGUGAUUACAGGCGACACCACAGAAGACGAUAUUUGGUUGACAGAAGAACCAUCACGCAAGGCUGGAGCAAGACAGCACCCGGAUGCUGCCACAUUCAAAUGGGGUAAUCGAGCCAACCCUUGGGCUGUCUUGGAUGGUAAGCUGGGCCUCAUGGGUUGA